GAAAAGGUAUAUGAAGAAUUAUGUGAAAUUUAUGGAACUAAAAGUACAAUAGAUGCGCCAAUCAUGUACGAGGACUUACAAUAUAUGCGUUAUUUGGACGGUGUCAUAAAAGAAACUAUGAGAAUUUUUCCCAUUGUACCUCUAGUUGGACGAAAGGCAACAAAAGACAUAAAAAUAGGUGACAAGACUAUACUAAAAGGCGCGAAUAUUAUCGUUGCAAUUUUUCAUAUUCAUCGAAAUGAUAAAUACUGGCCAAAUCCUCUAAAAUUUGAUCCUGAAAGAUUUCUUCGAGAGGAUAUUAAACAUUCUCAAUAUUAUAUUCCUUUUAGUGUUGGUUCAAGGAAUUGCAUUGGAAUGAAAUAUGCUGCAAUAAGUACAAAAGUUAUCUUAGCAACAUUAAUUAGAACAUUUUCUUUUAAAGUUAACAAAAAAAUUAAAUUAGAAAAUAUUAAAUUAAAAUUUGACAUAGUUUUAUCAACGGAAACACCUUUGAAAGUCCGAAUAGAAAAACGGAUAUAAUAAAUAUACGAAAUAAUUUAGUUGCACAACAUGCUGGAUUACGAAAAAACACUGGGGCCCUGGGACGUUACUUUUUUUAUAACUGUAACGGCCGGUAACGUAAUUAUUUCUUUUAGUAACUGUAAUGAAUUUAACAAUUACUUUUAUUGUUACAUCUUCAAUCGUCAUGUAUCAAUCGAUAUUCAUACUGUAUAUUUGACAAUUUUAAAAUAAAAAGUGUUUUAUUAAUAUUUGUAUACAGUCAGUAAUAAAAUAUUGCAAAAGUAAAUGUUGUAGUUUGUCUGAUCUCAUUUCAGAA